AUGUCGACAAAGUACGCUUUCUUAUCUUUGCCGCAAGGCGUCUUCGACUCGAGCAACCGCGAUGAUGCCGUCUCCUCUCUGCGCGGCACCAUUUCCAACGACAAUGGCUCCGUCCUACCGUUCAACAUUCCCGAUUUCAAGAUCGGCACCCUUGACGCUCUCGUACAACAGGCGGACGAGCUCACGAAGCUUGAGGCUUCAUGCGAGGCUGUUGUUUCCAAGGUCGCCGACUCUCUAAAGAACGUGCUCGAAGGCGACGAGGACCGCAUCGCCCAGUACAAAAUGGUCAAUGAUAAGCCGACCGAUCAGUAUGUGAGCACGUUCAGCUGGAACAAGAUUCGAUACCGAGCCGACAAGUCUCUCGCAGAGCUCAUCAGCACCCUGCAAAAGGCAUGCUAUUCUACUGAGCUUGCCAAUGUUGAUACCGACGUGAAAACAAAAUUCAAUCAGUACAACACGGUCAAGACAAAUCUUGCAGCGCUACAGAGGCGCCAGACUGGUAACCUUUCUACGAAAUCCCUGACCCCAAUUGUUGAUCCUGCCCUCCUUAUUCAGGAUUCUGAAUAUAUAGAGACGCACCUUAUCGUUGUCCCUGGAAACGCGAAGAAGGACUUCCUUAAGGGCUAUGAGACAUUAGCCCCCAUGGUCGUUCCUCGUUCGGCUGUUGAAGUCGCCAAAGAUGACGAGUUUGUCCUCUACGCAGUUGCGACGUUUAAGAAACACAGUGCCGAGUUCCUUGCCAAGUGCCGAGAGCAGAAGUGGACGCCUCGUCAGUUCAAGUAUGUUGAAGGUGGUCGACAAGAAGAGCAAAGGGAGCUCGAUCGAGUGACCAACGAGGAGCGCAAGGUCUGUGGAGAGGCAUUGCGCAUGGGACGCACAGGAUGGAGCGAGAGUGUCAUGAUCUGGAUCCAUGUUAUGACCCUGCGAGUCUUUGUCGAAGCAGUCCUACGAUACGGACUGCCUUUGGAUUACGUGACAGCACUGGUCAAGACGACAUCCAAGCUGGCCCCCAAGGUCAAGACAGCCCUUGACUCCAACUACUCGUACCUCGGCGGCAACGCUUUCGGCAGAGAUAAGCGCGGAAAGAUUACCAAGGACGACGCUGCGCUGAGUUCAGAGAUGGCGGCGGCUGGUUUCCAGACCGGAGAGGGCCACGAAUACACGGCAUACGUAUAUUACGAGAUUGAGUUUCCUUAG